AUGAAGUCAGUGACGGUGAAAAAGGAGCAAGAAAGAGAGGAACCUGCAGAUGCUGGAUCGGCUGGAUCCACUGUAUAUCCUCCCUAUGGGGUCGCCCAACCGGAACUUCUCUCGGCCCCCGUUGGUGGCUCCGUUGAAAUCCCCUUCUCCUUCUGGUAUCCCUGGAAGUUGGCCAAGAAUCCCCACCCGACUAUAGUCUGGAAAAGAGGCCACUUCCACGGGGAGGUUAUCUACAACCACACCCAGCCUUUCAGCCACAAGGAUUACAGGAAUCGGCUCUUCCUGAACUGGACACAGGGGCAGCAGAACGGCUCCCUCAGGAUCUCGAAUCUGCGGCUCAAGGACGGCUCCACAUACUUCUGCCGAGUGGGGCUGAACACACAGACAGACGGCUGGCAGGUGUGGCAGGCCCUCCAGGGAACCUUGCUCAUCAUCACUCCUGCCACCAAGACCACCACUCGGAGACCCACCAACAUAGCCUCCACUGCAGCCACCACAGCAGGCCUCAGGGUCACAGAAGGCAGAAGGAGCCCGGAGUCACAGCCUCUGAGUCUGGAAGCUGCAGUCGGGCUGGCAGUGGCCACUAUUGUGCUCAUAAUUGCGAUUUUGGGACUGCUGGUCUUUCUCAGGUGGAAGAAAACAAAAGGUCGGCCGGCCACAGUCAAAACCCCAGCCAGGGAACACUUACAACACACUGAGGAGAAAUAUGAGAAUAUUGGGAAUAAAGGACGACUUACAGAACCCACACCCGACCUCAAGGAUGACAGCAUCACCUAUGCCUCCCUUGCAUUCUCCAGUCCAACCUCGCUGAGAGCACCUCUCCACCACCCUUCCUGUAGCAGUCCCCAAGAAGAGACCUUGUACUCUGUCUUAAACACCAAAUGA